UCAUCUACCUACCCCAGGAGAGGGCAGAGGAAGGGGGCUGGCCGAGGGGAGGGGCGAGGGGCGAGGCUCCGGGCCGCCCGGAGAAAACCUGUUUGCUCUCCUGUGGGCGGAGCCCAGUCCGCGCCUCCGGCCUCCCUGCACGCUCCCUGCUGCGCCCCGCGCCCGCCGCCCGACCCGGCCUGGGCGCUGCCCACCGAGGGAACCCGCGCCCAGUGCCCACGCGACCCUCCGCCCACCCCACAAGCCGGGCACCUGCACCAGGAGCCACUGGACCGACUGAGAAGGGGCCGGCAGAGCAGCACCAUGAGCAUCUCCGCCCUGGGAGGCAGCCCCAAAGGGAAGCCUCUGGCACCAGGAGAGGAGGAGCGCAAUCAUGUCCUUAAGCAGAUGAAAGUAAGAACCACGCUGAAGGGCGACAAGAGCUGGAUCACCAAGCAGGAUGAAUCUGAGGCCCAAACCAUAGAGCUGCCCUCGGGCCGGAGUCGUGCCACGUCCUUUUCAUCACCUAGGGAGGUCUCGAAGGCCAGAUCUCCAAGGGCAAGGGCUUCCACUGGCUACAUCAUCCGGGGGGUGUUCACCAGGCCUAUAGACAGCUCAUCCCAGCCCCAGCAGCACUUCCUCAAGGGCAGUGGAGCUCCAACAAGUGCUGCUGGUCUGAUGAAAGCUGCCAGUACUGGACCUCUCCACUCCUCCACCUCUGGCUACAAGAUGACCACAGAGGACUACAAGAAGCUCGCUCCCUACAACGUCAGGCGCAGCUCCGUAUCAGGGGCUGUUGAGGAGGAGGAGGCGCCCUUCUCUUCAGAUGAGCAGAAAUGGAGGUCAGAGGCUGCAAGCAGUGUGCUUCGGAAGAGCGCCCCCCGGGAGCACUCCUACGUCCUGUCGGCAGCCAAGAAGAGCGUUGGUCCUACCCAGGAGACACAAGCUCCAUUUAUUGCAAAGAGGGUGGACGUGGUGGAAGAGGACGCGCCCACGGAGAGGGGCCAGGAGGCACCCGCUCUGGCACAGUCUGCUCUUGGCUUCAGCAGGGCUUCUCCGGGCCGCAGAGACAAGGAGGCCCCCUGCCCCAAAGAGUCCGCGAGACACUCCAUUGGUGGGAAGACCGUCAAGGGCUCCAACACGGAUUCUGAAAGGUCACAUACACGGCUGAGUGAUGGCCCCAUGGGAUCUGGAGUCACAGGGUCCCCACAAGAAGGCUUGGCUGGAGCAGACAGUGACUUGGAGAGAAGAGGGCUGAGCCCGGCUGCUUGCGUCACCCCUUGGCUGGAUGAUCAGGAUGUUCGAGGUGUCCACUCUCACUCCUGCCGGCCUGAACCAGUGGCUAUCGGCUCCAGCACCGCUUCAGCCUCUGUCGUCCUGGCCGACAGGAAGAGUGACAUUGCAGCAGACCCGGAAGGCACAAAGGCAGCCCCCAAGGGGGCCUCAGCCUCACACGAGGGGAAGAAUGUGACCGCCAAGGCAGGCGAGGCCUGGCAGGAGAGGCCCGGAGCCCCAGGUUGUGGCGAGAGAGACCCGACUGCCCCCGCUCAGCAGCAGCCCGGAGCUGUCAGCUCCCCGGAGAGACAGAGCAGCCCCAGCGGCCCUGAGCAGCUCCUGGAGCAGGAAAGCAGUGGCAGCAGGGCCUCAGCCUCACACGAGGGGAAGAAUGUGACCGCCAAGGCAGGCGAGGCCUGGCAGGAGAGGCCCGGAGCCCCAGGUUGUGGCGAGAGAGACCCGACUGCCCCCGCUCAGCAGCAACCCGGAGCUGUCAGCUCCCCGGAGAGACAGAGCAGCCCCAGCGGCCCUGAGCAGCUCCUGGAGCAGGAAAGCAGUGGCAGCAGAAUGAAAAGUCCUUCAGGCUGCGUGGUCACUGUUUCCAUCAGUGCGGCUUCUGAGCAGCCUGACCUUUAUAUUCCAGCCCCACUGAGUGACUUGGACGGUGGCUCAAGCACCAAAGGGAUUCUCUUCGUGAAGGAGUCCGUGAAUGCUAGGGAAGUGUCUUCUGGGCAGCCUGCAUCUUCCUUCCAGGGCAGGGUUAGCAGCACUGAGGACUCAUUUGACAUGAAGGAGAAGACCCCAUAUGACAGCACUCCACACAUGGAAAGAACCACUGGAGGGAUCUGUACUUACUGCAGCUGUGAGAUCCGAGACUGUCCAAAGAUUACCCUGGAACAUCUUGGUAUCUGCUGCCAUGAGUAUUGCUUUAAGUGUGGCAUCUGCAGUAAGCCCAUGGGAGAUCUCCUGGAUCAGAUCUACAUUCACCAGGACACCAUCCACUGUGGAAAGUGCUAUGAGAAGCUCUUCUAGCUCCUCCCGGCUGAUCAGAAGCUAAUGAUUCCUGGACAGAUUUGGUUGCCCCAAGUUUUGGGUUCCUCUUCCCUCACUUCCUCUCUCUGAUUUCUUCAUCCUCUUAGCCUUCUUAGGUUGAGCUUGCUUACAUCCAGUAUCAUAGCUUAACGACACCAUGAUGAUUCCUUACAUGUGUAGCUUUUAUUGCUUAGUGCUUUACAUCCAUCGUCUCAUUUCAGGCUAGGUCAAAGGAUUGAGCAAGAAUCCCGUCUUGGCUUCCCUAAGACAGAUUGGCUUUCUAAUGAGCAUGUUGGGCACAGGCAGAAGUGUGGGCUUUAGUGGGCUUCUGAGGGACCAAGUUGAAGACUGUAGACGAUCCCCGGUAGGUAAAUGACAGACAUUAGAUGCUGAGGGUUGGCAUAGGCUAAUAUUUAGCGUGUCUAAUUGCCAUAUAUACUUUUAAUUUUCCACACACUCUUUAGAGUAGUUGUUUUUGAUUGAAUUCUGUACAACAGGUUUUAGUUACCUUCUCCUGCCCACCUUUCACUGUGUCUGAGCUUUCCCUGCAAGUGUGUGGGAGUGCGUUAGAAAGUGUGUACAGUUGGGUUAAACUCUGUAGGGGCUCUUGACCAGAGGGCUGUUGAAUCUUGCUAGUUGAUUAGGAGCUUUGCCCUCGGGUCUUGCUUCUUGUGCUUUCCACAGGCACAAGUAGCUCCUCAGGAAUAUAGACCCCGGCAGGAUUGAGAAGAGAGAAAAGCAGCUAACAUUCCUUGAUGCCUUAGCACCUACAUAUCGGGCAUUAAUCCCCACAGAGGGGUGCUCUUGUCCCCAUUUACAGCUGAGGGCGGUACAGUUCAGGGAAGCGGUCACCGCCCUCUGGACAGCCGAGUUCGGCGCCACCGCUGUCUGCCUGGAGCCCGCGCUCUGGUACCCUGAGUCCCCACGAAGCACUGGAGGGCCGAAGUUGUCCCCCUUCCUGUCCUCCCCGUUCUGUGGAAAAUGCCCCCAGGCUGAUGCUUUGAGCUGGGCACAGCUGACUCACAUGCAUUCCCAGAGGGGCUUGUCAGCUCAGAGGCAGCUCCAGCAGGCCUUCAGUGACCCCUGCUCCCCAGUGCAGACUGCCUCUGGCUAGCAGCCAUCCUGGGCCCCAGAUCUGUUGGGGGGUUGCUCAGGCGCGAGCCCUCCGUACACUUCGCUGAUGCUGUGUUCAGCUUCCCCGGUGCUCUGCUGUAGCCUGUGGGUCAAGCUUUGCUUUGUGAGCUUCUCAAGAGGAAGAAUAGCCUUAGAGUUUGUUUAUUUGUUAGUUUGUUUGUUUGUUUUUGGCUGCAAGACAAAGGCCUCUUCUCUUGAUGUCCUCUAAAAUGCCUCCCCGUCUUUCUUCACUUCUGAGCCCUAUGUACAUUGGCUUAUGGAUUUGUUUGCUCUUCCUGCCACACUGUCCCAGAGGGCCAUCCCGUUUAUCUGCAUAGGUAUGUGUGGUACAGUGUGCCGCGUAACCACACUAAAUAGGAACCACGGGACUUGGCACUCGGAUGGUGCUGAUGCCACCCCAGAGUGUCAGUGUGGGCCUGCUGCUGGAAUGCAGGGGGACGAGGCCUGGGACAGACUGGCUUCCCCUGACAGAUACACUUCAGAAGCAGCACGCAAGGUCCUCAAAGACAGCUUGCAAGAUCAGUGUGGGCUUUGGUCCAGAACAGCCUUUCAUGUGCUUUUUGGCAGAGAAUUCUGCAGACUUAAGGAAGAGGGAUGAUUGCAUGACGUUUUCGCUUCUUUUCAAUUGCUUAGUGUUUCUAAUUGUACCUGCUUAGCCCACAUCAAUGUACACAGUUUGAAUAAAUGUUAAGAUACUGCACAUGUCAGCGUUAAA